UUGACACUUCUCGAUUGAAGCGCGCCGCGGGUGGUCCGGUUAUAACAACGUGGUGUCUUAUAUCUUUUGAUAAACAUUCCUAACUCCAAAAUGAAGGGUGACAAGAACGUAGAUGUCCAGGCUCUAAAGGACAUCGCCAACAAGCUCAGAAUCGACAGCAUAGUCGCCACAAAUGCAUCAAAGUCCGGACAUCCGACAUCAUGUGCUUCAAUGGCAGAAAUCAUGUCAGUCCUGUUCUUCCACACCAUGCGCUACAAGAUCUCCGCGCCCAGGGACCCCUCCGCCGACCGCUUCAUUCUCUCAAAGGGUCACGCCGCUCCCAUCCUAUACGCCGCGUGGGCCGAGGCCGGACUCUUCCCCGUGGAGGAGCUCAAGAAUCUCCGCAAGAUCGACAACGACCUCGAGGGCCACCCCACGCCCCGCCUGAACUUCGUGGACGUGGGCACCGGCUCGCUCGGACAGGGCCUGGCUGUGGCCGCCGGCAUGGCCUACGUCGGGAAAUACUUCGACCAGGCGCCCUACAGGGUGUACUGCCUGGUAGGAGACGGUGAAGCCGCCGAGGGCAGCAUCUGGGAGUCGCUGCACUUCGCCAGCCACUACAAACUAGACAACCUGGUGGUCAUCUUCGAUGUCAACCGUCUUGGACAGUCGGAGCCCACCUCUCUCCAGCACCACGUUGAAGUAUACGACGCUCGCCUGAAGUCCUUCGGCUUCCACUCUCUGGUGGUCGACGGUCAUGACGUCACCGAGCUGGUGAAGGCCUUCGACGAGGCCGCCACCGUCACUGGCAAGCCCACCGCGCUCGUCGCCAAGACCUUCAAGGGCAAGGGCUUCCCGGGCAUCGAGGAUCUGGAGAACUGGCACGGAAAGGCUCUGGGCGCUGAUGGUGAAAAGAUCAUUAAGCACCUGCAGUCGCAGAUCAAGAACAACACAAUCUCCCUGAAGCCCAAGGCCCCUCUAGCGGAGGCUCCGCGCGUCCACAUCGGCGACAUCACUCUGUCGUCACCGCCCGCGUACAAACAGGGUGAGCAGGUCGCCACCCGCCUCGCUUACGGUACCGCGCUCAAGAAGAUCGCUGACACCAACCUGAGAGUAAUUGCUCUCGAUGGUGACACUAAGAACUCCACCUUCAGUGACAAACUGCGCAACGCCUACCCUGAGAGAUACAUCGAGUGCUUCAUCGCGGAGCAGAACUUGGUGGGCGUGGCCACCGGCGCCGCCUGCCGCGACCGCACCGUCGCCUUCGUCUCCACCUUCGCUGCCUUCUUCACCAGGACCUUCGACCAGAUCCGUAUGGGCGCCAUCAGUCAGAGCAACAUCAACCUGGCGGGCUCUCACUGCGGCGUGAGCAUCGGCGAGGACGGCCCCUCGCAGAUGGGUCUCGAGGAUCUGGCGCUGUUCCGCGCUGUACCCACCGCCACUGUCUUCUACCCCUCGGACGCCGUAUCAACAGAGCGCGCCGUCGAGCUUGCUGCCAACACCAAGGGCAUCUGCUACAUCCGUACUUCCCGCCCCAACACUUCCAUGCUCUACCCCAAUGAUGAGGUCUUCAAGGUCGGUCAACUCACUUUAUUUCAGUCUGCUCUCUUCAAUAUGUAUUUCGGACUUCUGGCUUUCUGCGGGCAGCCGAGCGGCACCGCCCCCGACUGCGCGAUGAUGUUUUCGUUAGGUAUCAACGCCCGCGUGCUUGAUCCGUUCACCAUCAAGCCCCUGGAUGAAGCCGCCGUGCUGGCCAACGCGCGCGCCUGCGGCGGUCGCAUCGUCGUCGUCGAGGACCACUACCAAGCCGGAGGCAUCGGCGAAGCCGUGCUGUCGGCAGUGGCUCUGCAGCGCGACGUGGUCGUGAAGCACAUCUACGUGACGGAGGUGCCGCGCUCCGGCCCGCCCGCCGCGCUGCUGGACAAGUACGGGCUGUCCGCGCCGCACAUCGCCGCCGCCGCCAAGGCCGUGCUCAAGGCCUAGGCGCCAGCGCCAGGCCCUCCUACACCACGAGAAUC